AUUCUACGUCUCCGUGGGGGAGUCCGGGAGGGUGCAUGGGGCCAAACCACGUCCUUGCCGGCCUUGGGAAAGCCACCAGAGAGCGGGGCAAGAGGCAGGUACAGCCCAUGAGGAGGGGGCUUCCCAUGCUCCCCGUCAGCCAUCCCGGUGAGUGGAGACCCCGGGCCCAAAUUCGAUCAGAGCCGCCCCUCGGGGAUGCCUGGUAGGGCUCCACUGACAGCCCACGCUCCUGGGACACCGUAAGGAGAUGUGAUGGGCACUGCCACAGUGACAGACGCUGUGACGGGCACAGCCACCCGAUGGGCAGCCAGCGACGGGUCUCAGGGUGAGGGUGGGCUGGGGCGAGCCCGGCCACUGCUGAGCCACUCGCCCCGGCGCAAAAUUGCAAGAGAGGCAUCGCAGCCAGGCUGACAAUAGCGGGUUUUGAAAAUAAACUCGCUGAGGACUUCAGCAAGGCCAAGCAUCAUCCUGUGUGGUUUGCCGGUGGCAACAGCCAAACCCAAAAUAGACUGCCGGCCCCGGUGCAUCACCAGCGACGCAGAGCCGCCGGCUGCUCACCACACUUUCCAGCAGCCCUCGGGUACCACAAGGGCCAGAGGGGCCAGGAGAAGGAAUUUCCAUUCACUGGUUGCCCUUUAUCAGCAUCUCUGGGCGGUUCUUUCCCCAGGGAGAGUCCAGAAAUGUCACGGAAAGCCUGGCUGGGAGGGUAUAUCAUGACGAGGUGCCGGCAGGAGAAGCAGGUAGCUCUUGGGUGGCUCCGAGUCAGCAAGAGCUGCCGGCCGCUGCGCUGACCAAGCCCCGGGUUGGACAUGAAGGUCUUCUCCUUGGCGCUGCUCACCCUGCUGCUGGCCGCUCUCUGGACUGGAAGCCAGGGUGUCUCCUUGCGCAGCCCCUACAGCACGUGCUGCUACAAGGACAUGUUCAUGCGGAGGAAAAUCCUUGCCUCCAACAUCAAGAGCUACCAGACGACGCCUUCCCACUGCUCCCACAGAGCCGUGCGCGUGGAGCUGCUGAAUGGGAAGAAGUUCUGCGUGGACCCGGAGGAGCGCUGGUUCCAACAGUAUCAGCAGCAGAAAAAGACAACCAGCGCCUCCACGUGAAGCUGCCUUCCACAUCAACUCUAUUUAUUUGCAUCCCGUAAUUAUCCGUGUGUUCUCAUCUCGUUCUGUUACGGAGCUGGGUCUGUCCCCUCCCGUGCCAUCGCCCCCUCCACACUAUUGGAUGUCCCUCGAUGGCUUUAAUAAACUGUUUUGUGCUGACCUGCA